AUGCUGGUUCUACAGAUGCUGGUUCUACAGAUGCUGGUUCUACAGAUGCUGGUUCUACAGAUGCUGGUUCUGGUUUUACAGAUGCUGGUUUUACAGAUGCUGGUUCUACAGAUGCUGGUUCUACAGAUGCUGGUUCUACAGAUGCUGGUUUUACAGAUGCUGGUUCUACAGAUGCUGGUUCUACAGAUGCUGGUUCUACAGAUGCUGAUGCUGGUUUUACAGAUGCUGGUUCUACAGAUGCUGGUUUUACAGAUGCUGGUUCUACAGAUGCUGGUUCUACAGAUGCUGGUUUUACAGAUGCUGGUUCUACAGAUGCUGGUUUUACAGAUGCUGGUUUUACAGAUGCUGGUUUUACAGAUGCUGAUGCUGGUUUUACAGAUGCUGGUUUUACAGAUGCUGGUUUUACAGAUGCUGGUUUUACAGAUGCUGGUUCUACAGAUGCUGGUUCUACAGAUGCUGGUUUUACAGAUGCUGGUUUUACAGAUGCUGGUUCUACAGAUGCUGGUUUUACAGAUGCUGGUUACUACAGAUGCUUUACAGAUGCUGAUGCUGGUUCUACAGAUGCUGGUUCUACAGAUGCUGGUUCUACAGAUGCUGGUUCUACAGAUGCUGGUUCUACAGAUGCUGGUUUUACAGAUGCUGGUUUUACAGAUGCUGGUUUUACAGAUGCUGAUGCUGGUUCUACAGAUGCUGGUUCUACAGAUGCUGGUUCUACAGAUGCUGGUUUUACAGAUGCUGGUUCUACAGAUGCUGGUUCUACAGAUGCUGGUUUUACAGAUGCUGAUGCUGGUUCUACAGAUGCUGGUUUUACAGAUGCUGGUUCUACAGAUGCUGGUUCUACAGAUGCUGGUUUUACAGAUGCUGGUUCUACAGAUGCUGGUUCUACAGAUGCUGGUUUUACAGAUGCUGGUUCUACAGAUGCUGGUUUUACAGAUGCUGGUUCUACAGAUGCUGGUUUUACAGAUGCUGGUUCUACAGAUGCUGGUUUUACAGAUGCUGGUUCUACAGAUGCUGGUUCUACAGAUGCUGGUUCUACGGAUGCUGGUUCUACAGAUGCUGGUUCUACAGAUGCUGGUUCUACAGAUGCUGGUUUUACAGAUGCUGGUUCUACAGAUGCUGGUUCUACAGAUGCUGGUUUUACAGAUGCUGGUUUUACAGAUGCUGGUUUUACAGAUGCUGGUUCUACAGAUGCUGGUUCUACAGAUGCUGGUUUUACAGAUGCUGGUUCUACAGAUGCUGGUUCUACAGAUGCUGGUUUUACAGAUGCUGGUUCUACAGAUGCUGGUUCUACAGAUGCUGGUUUUACAGAUGCUGGUUCUACAGAUGCUGGUUCUACAGAUACUGGUUCUACAGAUGCUGGUUCUACAGAUGCUGGUUCUACAGAUGCUGGUUUUACAGAUGCUGGUUCUACAGAUGCUGGUUUCUGUGGUUUUACUCUGUUUCUUCCACAGAUGCUCCUCCAGUCUGUUUGAACUUUUUUUUUUCUUUUGA